AUGUCCUCGAACGUCGGGCUCACCACCCCCCGCGGCAGCGGCACCUCCGGCUACGUGCAGCGCAACCUCUCCGCGCUGCGCCCGCGCGACGCCGCCGCGCCCUACACCAAGGACUACGACGCCAUCAAGGCGCACCGCCAGCGGCAGCCGGACAAGGAGAUCCUGGAGCACGAUCGCAAGCGCGAGGUCGAGGUCAAGGUGUUUGAGCUGCGGGACAGGCUCGAGGACGAGGGCGUCGACGAAGACGAAAUAGAAACCCAAACCAGUGCCUUACGGGCCAAACUCCUCGCCGCCGCCCCCGCCGCCUCGUCCUCCUCCGCGCGAACCAGAAACCUAAAAUCGCACCAAGUGCACGAGCUUGCGGCCGCCAAGAUCGAGGAGAGCGAGAAGCUGCGCCGCGCGCUUGGCAUCCGGGAGGACUAUGAGGAGGGGGGGCAUUGGCGGCGGCAAGAGGAGAGGCUGAGGGAG